AUUCGUAAACUGUUUUAACACGAGUACUGUUCAAGUUGAGCUGCAAGCUACUGGAGGCCGAAUACGUGUGAUUUUGGUGGAGAUCGUUCCGAGAAACUCGGGAUCAGCCCAGGCGGAGAUCAAAGGCGGCUACUGACCGGGCGCCUUCGAUUGACAAGGUAUUCAUUAUUGUUUACCAGCUUCACAUUGUCGCUCCUUUGGUACGAAUAUCGCAGGUCCUGACGCAGGAAGAUCUGCAGACUCUAUCACACUGAAGUUCAUUGGAUAGGAGCUCGAGAAAAAUGGCCGGCGGACUACGGCGUACUAGGGCAACAGUGUUGACGAUAGGCCCCUAUCUGCAGCAGCACCCUUAGCUUGCGCGUACCGCUUUUACUCAGCAGGAAUGACGCGAGUCAUAUUCUGUCAGCGUCCAUGGGCCGAACGGGAAACGCUCGACUGGGAAUGACCAGACCCCGCUCGUUCGCAUCCAGCGCAUCCACCAGGAUUCCGCUAGCCAUCGUCAGCCGCCUUUCGUCAACCCCUUUAUGGCGUCAAAUGCAAUGAUUAAAUUCUUUAUAUCCUGGUGUCUGGAUCGCCAGCCGCCCUUGAGGCUGACGAUUUUCGGCAGCCGUCCUUUCAGGGUUUCUUCAUGGUCUUAUAAGUCGCCUGCAUCCGCGCUUACACCCCAGCCUUUCCGUUCUUUCUCUCUACCUUAUUCUGCGCUCUAACUAUGCCUUCGGUUCAAGAUCCGGAGCAGUCGGCUCAGGGCGAAGCCAUCGACUUUGUGCCAGAACUGCCGUUGGUACCUCCAGUCCCUAGUGCUACUCACCACCAUCACCACCUCCACACGCAUCACCCUUCGAAAGAUGAACGUCCUCAUAAUCCCAGACAACCCAGCCAUACUCGAAGCGUUGACAUCGAGUUCUUUGACCCCUCCGGUGUUGGAGAGUUGCGUCGUACUUUGAGUCGGGUAUCAACCGAGCGAGGUCAAGCUAUCGCUCCUUCACAGAUUUCCGAGGUUUCGGACGAUACCCUGACUUCAGAAGCCCAGUUUGACUUGGAGAAAUGCAUGCGGGAGUUUGUUCAGAAGCUUGAUGAGUCUGGAAAGAAGAGGCGGGAGCUCGGAGUCAUGUUCAAAGACCUCCGAGUUAUUGGUAUCGGUGCGACUGCAAGACACCAGGCCACAUUGGGCUCUAUCCUCAAUCCUCUGAAUCUCCUGAAAACUAUCCACGAGACACGGCACCCCGCUCUCCGUGAAAUUAUCGGCGGCUUCGAAGGAUGCAUCCGGCCGGGAGAGAUGCUCUUGGUCCUCGGACGCCCAGGAUCGGGUUGCACAACUUUUCUGAAGGCGUUGGCCAACCAUCGUGACGAGUAUCAUUCAGUCGAUGGGGACGUCAUGUAUGAUUCAUUUACUCCAGAGGAAAUUGAGAAGCAUUAUCGUGGUGACGUCCAAUAUUGCCCCGAAGAUGACGUGCACUUCCCCACCCUUACUGUAGAAGAGACACUCACGUUUGCUGCCAAGACGCGUACUCCACGCGCUCGUCUGCCCGGCGAGACUCGAGAGCAACAUGUUGAGCGUGUUGUGGAUAUGCUUACCACCGUCUUUGGUCUCAGACAUGUUCGGAAGACUCCAGUAGGUGACGCCGCUAUCCGAGGUGUGUCGGGAGGUGAGAAGAAGCGUGUCUCCAUUGCUGAGACGCUUGCCACAAUGUGCAAGCUGAUUUCCUGGGACAAUUCAACUCGAGGGUUGGAUGCUUCAACCGCCCUCGAAUUCGUUCAGGCCCUUCGAAUCGCUACCGAUGUCAGUCGGCAAGCCACUUCGGUCUCAAUUUAUCAAGCAGGCGAGUCGCUCUACCAGCACUUCGACAAGGUGACGAUCAUUUACGAGGGCAAGAUGGUUUAUUUUGGUCCCGCCGAUCGUGCCCGCCAAUACUUCAUCGACAUGGGCUAUAAACCCGCUAAUCGCCAGACUACCGCUGAUUUCCUUGUCGCUGUCACGGACCCCAAAGGUCGUACUGUUCGUGAAGGUUAUGAGAAUCGUGUACCAAGAACUGCUCAGGAGUUUGCGGAUUUUUUCAAGAAGAGCGAUAUAUCGGCCCUCAAUCAGGAGGAUAUAGAGUCGUAUACAGAGGAGUUCGUGGGCAAGGAACACCGUGUCUCUCACUACAAGGAGAGUUACCAUGCGGAGCAUGCCCGCCACACCAGUCACAAGAGCCCCUAUAUCAUUUCUAUCCCGAUGCAAGCUCGGGCUUUGAUGCUGAGAAGGGUUCAAAUCUUGAAGGGUAUGAUGGCGGUCCAAGUCAUUCAGACGAUGACGUUCGUCAUUCAGGCCAUCAUCAUAGGUACCGUCUUUCUUCGACUGGAGGAUGCGACUUCGUCUUUUUUCUCUCGAGGAGGUGUACUUUUCUUCUCCAUCCUCUUCGCCGCCCUGUCCACCAUGGCGGAAAUUCCGGCUCUUUUCUCUCAACGGCCUAUUGUUCUUCGCCAUUCCCGCGCUGCGAUGUACCAUCCUUUCGUUGAGAGUUUGGCUCUCACGCUCGUCGACGUUCCCAAAAUGUUCAUCAUCCUCGUCCUGUUUUCUAUCGUUCUCUACUUCUUGGUCGGCUUGCAACAGGCCGCCGGACAGUUCUUUAUCUUCCUACUCUUCGUAUUCUCUAUGACGCUUAUUAUGCAAGGAUGGUUUCGAAUGUUGGCCGCUGGGUUCCAGACUGCUGCCCCAGCUCAAACCGUCGCCGGUCUCAUCGUUUUGGUCCUAACGCUCUAUACUGGCUACUCUAUUCCUCAGCCAUCCAUGAUCGGAGCUCUGCGUUGGAUUACCUAUAUCAACCCUUUGAAGUAUGGCUUCGAGUCACUGAUGGUAAAUGAAUUCCAUGGAAUCAACGCGGAGUGUUCUUCCCUUGUUCCUCAAGGACCUGGCUAUGAGGGAAUCACUCUUGCGAAUCAAGCGUGUACAACUGUGGGCUCCAUUCCUGGUCAGGAGCUUGUUAAUGGCAACAGAUACGUGGAGUUGUCUUUUAACUAUAGUUAUAGUCAUCUUUGGAGAAACUUCGGUAUCAUCUGGGCGUUUGGAAUCGCCUUCGUUGCUACGUACUUGAUCUUCACUGAAAUCAACACAAAGUCAGCAGGAGCGUCAGCUACCGUUGUCUUCAAACGUGGAUCAAAGGCGCACGUUGCGAAGCAGGGCUCUUCCGAUGAGGAGAAGAUUCACUCUGGCGCUACCACUCCUGACCAAGAAGGCAAUGCAAGUGAGGAGGCGAAGAAGGCUAUCUCAGAUACACGUGCCAUGCACGAUAUUUUUUCCUGGCAACAUCUCAGUUACGUUGUUCCUCUGCCAGGUGAUGGAACGCGGAUGCUUUUGAAUGACGUCUCCGGGUAUGUCGCUCCGGGAAAGCUGACAGCUCUAGUUGGUGCCUCGGGUGCUGGCAAGACGACUCUGUUGAAUACACUCGCACAGCGAGUCACCACUGGUGUGGUCACAGGCGACCUUUUCGUCAGCGGCCAUCCGCUUCCUGCCGAUUUCCAAGCUCAGACUGGUUACGUCCAACAGAUGGAUACUCAUUUGCCAAGAGCCACAGUCCGCGAGGCGUUGUUGUUCUCUGCAAAGUUACGUCAACCAGCAUCUGUUCCCCUAGCAGAAAAGGAAGCUUACGUCGACAAAUGUCUCAAGAUGUGUGGACUGGAGGCUUUCGGUGAUGCGAUUGUUGGCUCAUUGGGCGUGGAACAUCGUAAGAGGACUACCAUUGGUGUCGAACUUGCCGCCAAGCCGCAACUUCUUCUUUUCCUCGAUGAACCCACAUCCGGGCUUGAUUCUCAGAGUGCUUGGGCCAUCAUGGCUUUCUUGCGAACUCUCGCAGACAGCGGUCAGGCUAUUCUGUGCACAAUCCAUCAACCCUCUGCUGAACUGUUCGAAGUUUUCGACCGCAUGUUGCUUCUGAGACCUGGAGGCCAGACUGUAUACUUUGGCGAUCUUGGACAUCACUGUCAGACCCUCAUCGACUACUUCCAAAGGAACGGUGCUCGUCAUUGUGGACCGGACGAGAAUCCUGCCGAAUAUAUCUUGACUGUGACUGGAGCGGGUGCAACGGCUCGUUCCGAUGUCGACUGGCAUCAAGUCUGGUUGAAGUCGAAGGAGGCCGAAGAACUCCAGAGUGAGCUCGAGAGAAUUCACUCUGAAGGUCGCAGCCGACCACCUCCGCAACCCACCUAUCACGGCGAGUUCGCGACGUCUUGGCUCUACCAAUUGGGUCUGUUGCUCCAUCGUGAUGCUCAGAAUCAUUGGAGGGAUCCUAGUUUCUUGAUGGCCAAGCUAGCUCUAAACACUGUUGCCGGUCUCUUAAUUGGGUUCACCUUUUUCAAGGCCAAGGCCACCCUCCAGGGGACGCAGAACAAACUCUUCGCAAUCUUUAUGGGUCUCAUUCCAAGUGUACCCCUGGCCAAUCAACUUCAAGUCCCUUUCAUAGAAACUCGGAGCGUUUACGAGAUCCGUGAACGUCCCAGUCGCAUGUAUAGCUGGACUGCUCUGGUCACUUCGCAGAUGCUGAUUGAGAUGCCAUGGAACAUCCUUGGAUCCUCUCUAUUCUUCCUGUGCUGGUAUUGGACCGUCGCAUUUCCUACCGAACGUGGUGGAUACACCUAUCUCAUGUACAGCAUUAUCACCCCGUUGUAUUACACCACCAUCGGCCAGGCCGUUGCCUCUAUGUCCCCGAAUGCUGAGAUUGCCGCACUUCUUUUCAGCUUCUUGUUUUCCUUCGUCUUGACCUUCAAUGGUGUUCUUCAACCUUUCCGAUUACUCGGAUGGUGGCGAUGGAUGUAUCGUUUGUCACCGUACACCUACCUUAUCGAAGGUCUUCUUGGUCAGGCUAUUGGAAAGCAACAAAUUACCUGCUCUGAGGUAGAAUUUGCACGAAUAACCCCGCCAUCCGGACAGACUUGCGCACAGUUCCUGCAGCCGUUCGUCAACAUGAGUAGCGGAUAUAUCAAUGACCCAGACGCAACUAGCGACUGCCAGUACUGCGCGUAUCGCACUACAGACGAGUUCCUUUUGGCCGGGUUCAACAUUCAGUUCUCUCAUCACUGGCGGAAUCUCGGUAUCUUCGUUGCCUUCGUAUUGUUUAAUGUUGCUUCUGUCUACUUUUUCACAUACAUUUUCCGUAUCAAAGGAAUGGCUAUUAGACAUUGGAUUAAGAAGAAGGUCAUCAGGAGGAAGUAGACUACUUUCAAUAUUCCACCGCCUAGACUAAUUUUUUAGACUGUUAUUGCUUCAUGAAUUGUAAUGUCAUCGUAAUUUACCUUUGUCAUUCGUUAACCUUAUAGGCCACAUCUGAAGAGUCCAUAUAGUUGGCACGUACAGUAGCAUACCUACUUACACGUUGGAAGAACAUAUAUCACAGUAAUACAUUGACACUUACAUUGGUUGAACUUGA